UGGUGUGGUGCUGUAAAAAGUUGGGUUUAAGGGACUCGUACCAGUGUUGCUGAUUUGCGUCCUGCAACGACGUACGACUUCCGCCUGUUUGCUGUUAGCAGUGUGGGAAUGAGCAAUGCCAGCAAUGUUCUGACGUUGGCACCAAAUGGAACAGUGCCUCCAGAUCCACCUGUAAUUGGGAUAGAGGAUGUGACAAACAACAAAAUCUCCCUUUUCUGGACUCCUGGCUUUGAAGGCGACAGCCCUAUCACAGGUUUCUACCUGGAGUUUAAAGAAGCAAAUGCCUCAUGGGAUUACACAGAAACUGUUGUAGAUUUUUAUGCCAAUGAGACAGAGGCCACGAUAAUAGAGAUAAAUCCUUCAACAUACAACAUCCGCAUGUUUGCUAAAAACAGUCUGGGUACCAGUAACGCCAGCAAUGUUCUCACUGUGACCAUCCAAGAAACAGCUGUUAAUUUCGCAUCCUCCUCUUAUUGUUAUUUUUCAAUUUAUGCUCUAAAUGCAGAAUGGAAAUUAAUGUUAUUAUUGUUUGUGUAUCUGCUGUGAUUCCUCAAAAUUUGUGAUUGACAAGGUUAUCCAUCCAUCCAUUUUCUGCCACACUUCAUCAUAUAUA